AUGGCGCCCUCUUCUCCGCGCACUCUCGCGCCUCCACGGGGGCGUCCACGACCUCCACCACCACGUUCAUGUUCUACAGACUCAGACGCUCCCAUUGACACCAAUUGCACCCCCUUACAGGGUCCUGCCAGCCUGUUGGCGCGCCUCGAAGCCGUGGACCGAGAUGCCGCACGCCGCAAGUUCGCGCUCUACGGGCGCCAGCACGCGCACGUGGACCACAUUUCCGGUACAAAUCAAGACUCGACCGUUGUAUUGCAGAGCACGCUGCUGCUGCAGGAGGACGGGCUGCUGGCGGCGAGGCUGGACGACAUCUUGUACCUGCUGGACGGGCUGCUGGCGCCUGCCAAGACGCAGCGCGGGCGCCUGGCGCAGGCCCACAGCGUCCUGGAGCUGGUGCAGCUGCUGCGGGACGUGAAGAUCCUGCAGGCCGUCGAGUUGUCCAGCCAGAGACGGACGAUCCAGAGCAAGAUGAAGCAGUUGCUGCUGUCGAACCUAGGAGCUGCAGUAGAAGGAGAGGAGACGCAGCGAGUGGCGCUGGCUGUGCUGGUGUAUUUCCUGGCUGGGAGCUCGGUGGCUGAGGAGUUCAUUGAUGAGAAGGUGCUGGACGCAGUGGUGCUCGCGCUCAAGCGAGAAAUGGAACGUGAGGGGGACGGUAACGAAGAGAAGGUGGAGCUGGAGACGUCUGCUGUGCUACAGCCUGCACCGUCAAGGAAAACGUGCUUGAAACGGAAGCAAAGGAGGAGUUUGGGUACGACCGGAGCUGAUGGCGUGCACAGCGCUAUGUCGGCGAGGCGGGUCAACGCGCCAGAUGACGCUUUUCGAAGCAAGUUGAGAACAUUUUUGCAGAGCCGCGAACAGUUUUACGUUGAAGAGGAGCUGCAGCUUUCGACAGCCGAUAUUCUAUGUGCUGCGUUGAGCAAGUUACUGCAAGUGGACGAUGACUCGGCGGCGAACCCUGUUUCAGAUUCAAUGGUGGCUCAGCACCGACAAGUCGGGUGCUCAGGUGACCUCGCGGUGGACACGUUUCGACUCAUUCGAGAGCGAAAGCAGCUAUUGGUUCGGAAUGGUGGAGUUGAUGCACUAGCUCAAGGCCUAGCCCGACAUAUCGGCGUUUUCGAGGUGUUGGCACCUGCUUCUCACGUUGAUCGGCUCUCGCUCGAUUUUGCUCACCUGCUUCAUCGCUUGAGCUUGCUGUUGCAAGUCCUCGACCACGUCACGUUCCUGAGCCUGGACGUUCAGCAGUAUAUGUCACAGCGGAGAGAGCCUAUUGGUUUGCUGCUGAAGCUGACUCGCGUCCUGAGUGAGCUGACCUGGGGAAGUCACUCGCAGAGGCGGUGGGAAGUUGAACCCACGCGCAUGUCGUUGGCCGUAGAGGUUCUGCUGUCGGGACUGCGCGUGCUAAUCAACCUGACACACCACAAUGCCGAAGCAGCUAGCCACGUGUGCGCCUUAGGCGGCAUGCAACUUCUCGCACACUCGUUUACAAGACUAUGGAGUCUAGUGAACGUGCAUUCAACGGAUACGACGCGCCCUCCGAAAUGGGCGGGAGUGGACAAGCGGGAGUAUGACUCGUAUUUGCUGCUGCUGAGCGUGAUUGUCAACUGCAUUGAAUUCAGCGAUGACAACCGCGACGCGCUGGCCGGGGCGUCGGUGCACCUUAACUGGGGGCAGGGUGGGUCCUCUCAAGCCUAUAUCAGUGCGUGUGAUCUGUUCACAAAGUUUUUCCAGAUGAAAGUGGAGUCAUACGUGCACCUGAUUGAUUCGACUGAUGAUCAAGCUCAAGGCGCGGGUGGCACUGUUUCGAUGGACGAGGAAAAUGAUGACUGGAGUCCUGAGGACAUAAUUCUCGGAGGAUGCACAUCGCUGCUGCUCGGAUAUCUGAUGAAAGGUUCUUCUGCUAACAGCACAGCUAUCCUGAAUGCGCUACCCGAUAGUUCGCCUCGACUGCUGCUACGUGCUCUCAGUGUCUUUGUGGCGCUUCACUCUCAGAUUGGUGCGCUGACCCCGGAGGUAGCCCAGUCUGUGCUUCAGGUCGAAAAGAUUUUCAUGUCAUACCACGAUAGCGCGGCUGAUGUGAGGACGCGUGCGAUUCUGUAUGGUGAUCGCAACACGCAACAUGAAAUCGUGGAAGCAUUUACGUCAAAUUGUGCUGAGGUUGAUAUCACCUCUCAAAAGUUCCAAGACAAAGCUAAGGGGGUGUAUGCACGAAAACCAGCGGGUGCCCGGCCAUUGAAAAACCUAUGCUUCAACAUUGACGACUCCGAUAGCGAAUCACCCUCCGAUGCGAUCUCAAAAGUCAAGAGACGACCAGCUCCUCAGGAUCAGGGAAGCGGAACCCCAACUCGCACUCCUCCGCGUAGCCCAGGAAUGAAGCUACCUGGCACCAAAUCUACUGCGACGACACGUGCGGCUCAGGUAACUCCCAAGAGAACUCCAAGCGGCAGAUCCCCACUAACCGCAGUGCUUCCGGACGGCACAAUGUCAUCACCGGUUGUGGCGCGGCUCUUGAGGCAGACUCGACAACUGGUGGAAGAGUUUGAUGCCGAAUUUUCUAAGCCAAGUCGCUCCUGUCUUGCCAACAAAUUCAGCUUGGAGGAGGCAUCUGCGCCCGAAUGCGGUUCGUCCCCAUUCAUGACGCUCACCAUGGAUGUUACGUGCCGUGACAAUGGCAGUGAGGGCUUGGACCUUUCCCAGGAUGUUGGAGAGAAAAACAGCAGUCCCGAUGAAUUGGGCAAGACUACGUUGGAGGUUGGUGGGCGCACUCUAUCACAAUCGAAGCGGAGGAAGAAGGACGAUCGAGAUGCAGAAUCAAGCGCGAAAAGCGGCAAGAGCUGCAUCUCGAACCGGGGCAUCUUUGAUUUUACUCCUGCACCCUCGCCACCAUCAACUCCAUUACGCCGGAAGAAUAGCAAAGCAUUGCUUCGGACGCCGACAAGGAGUGGGCUCUCCGCAGUGCUAUCCGGGCAGUCACCGCUGGUGAAUCUGACACCCACAAAGACGCCUUCAUCGACGCCGCUGCGAGUUAAGGAGUCCGCGGAGAUUUUGCUGACUCCGACCCGUUCACCUGCUACAAGUGAGUCGCCAGUGUCAGCGAGUCCUCACCGACGCAAGGCGAAAUCGGCUCGCGCACCGCCUCCCUCCAGCGCCAGCGCCGUAUUCGACUUUACGGACUAG